AUGGAAAGGUACAAGAAGGCCGCGCGGUGGCGCUGCGUCUCCGCCGAGAGCGUCGGGAAAGGCAGCCUGCGGGGGCUCCUAGAGCGGCGGUGCGGCGGUGCGGCGGUGCGGAAGGCGGUGGUGAGCGAUCGUGCCGGCGGCCGGCCUGGUGGGUCGCGCUGCCCCACUCGGGUCCGACUCCACGGGCGCCCAGGCCCCUCUUCUAACUGGGAGAGGGUGGUGCGACUGAGCCUCAGUUCUCCCUCGGGUCACGUCUUCUCUCCCAGGCGCCCGGCCCGGCCGGAGCAGGGCCAGGUCGUGGGUGGGCCGGGGAUCGGGGCGCUGAUCCUGGGCCCGCCCCGCAUCUCCCCGCAGACUCUCCCACCGGUCACCCUGGCCCUUCUCUGCUUGGACGGUGUCUUCCUCUCCGCAGCCGAGAAUGACUUCGUCCACCGCGUUCAGGAGGAGCUGGACCGCUUCCUGCUGCAGAAGCAGCUGUCAAAGGUACUUCUUUUCCCUCCGCUCUCCAGUCGCCUCCGAUACCUGAUCCAUAGAACAGCAGAGAAUUUUGAUCUCUUGAGCAGCUUCUCUGUUGGGGAGGGUUGGAGGAGGAGGACAGUCAUCUGUCACUUGGAGAUCAGACUACCAAGUUCAGAUGGCCUCACUGGCGCCUGUCACCCUCCUGGCACCCACCCUGGCAAGUACCGUGGUCCUCGGCCCAACUCAAACCAAGGAGUGGCCACUGGUCCCCGAGGGGCACGGGCUGGCCGGUGGCACCGUGGACGGAAGCCGGACCAGGCUUUGUAUGUACCCCGGAUGCUGAGAAGACAGGAAGAAGGAACACCAACCCCUGUGCCAGAGCUUAAAGGAGAUGCUGCAGUUGAUGUCUUAGAGGAGCCUGGAGAUGUUGGUGCUGGGGACCUCAACACUGAUCAGGGACUCCCUCUGUUGAUGGCCCAGGCAACAGAGGACCUAAAGGACCUGGGCCAGAGUUGUGAGAAUGAGCCACCACUGGGUUCAAUUGGCACUGAAAACCCAAAGCCUGAUUGUCAUUCAGGAGAUAGAGAUGGGUUGGAUGUGGCCAGACAGCCUGGGUCCAACCUGCAGCCAAAACUGGGAGUAGAGGAGGAGAGUCAGCCAGAGAAGAGCGUGGCAGCAGAGGUAGAGGAAGAAGAGGUGAAGGAGGAGGGCCAUGGCAGCUGCUCGGAGGAUGAUUACAGUGAGCUGCUGCAAGAGAUAAUAGACAACCUGACCGAGAAGGAAAUCGAGGUCGAGAGAAUCUACAUGGACACAUCCUCCUUCAUAGAGGAGCUGCCUGGAGAGAAGGAUUUUGGCCACGUAGUGGAGAUCUAUGACUUUGAACCAGCGCUUAAGACAGAGGACCUGCUGACGACGUUCUCCGAGUUCCAAGAGAAGGGCUUUAAGAUCCAGUGGGUGGAUGACACACAUGCUCUCGGCAUCUUUCCCUGCCUGACCUCAGCUGCAGAAGCCCUGUCCAAGGACUUCGCCAAGCUCAAGAUCCGGCCCCUCACUCAGGGAAGCAAACAGGCAAAACUCAAAGCCUUGCAGAGACCAAAGCUCCUGCAACUGUCGAAAGAGAGACCGCAGACAAAUACAGCUGUGGCCCGGAGGCUGGUGGCCCGGGCCCUGGGGCUCCAACACAAAAAGAAAGAGCGGCCAGGGUUUGAGAAUCCCCUGCCCUAA